CAAACAUGACUCGUACCAAACAAACUCCUCCACAAGGUGCCUCUAAAAAUGACCGCCAUUUGCAAAGAAAUGGCCUUACGGACCCUCGCGGCAUGCCAAAGAAGGAAGGUGCAGGUCAGCAUAAUUGGGGCAAACCCGUCGAUGAAUUCGUUAAGCUUGAAACGCCCCAACAUAAAGAUAUGGAUUCAACGGAAUCUCCAAAAGUGAAG